AUGCCGGAGGAGUUUUCAGAAGGCUCAGCAAAGAUCGUCAAAGAGGAAAACACAUUUUUUAAUCCUGCUCAAAAACUGAACAGAGAUCUAUCGGCUGAAGUUAUUAAGACAUAUUUCAGCGGGAAGGAGAACAUUAAAAUUUUAACUGCAAUGUCUGCGACAGGACUAAGGGGAAUCAGAUAUUUAAACGAAAUUCCCAACUCCACACUAUUUUUCAACGACAUUUGUCCUAAGGCAGUUGAAGCCAUUCAAGAAAAUCUUAAAUAUAAUGGAAUCGAUACAUUCAAAAUAUUUUCAGAGCACGAAAACAUCAAAGAGUAUAAGCAUAGAGCCAACGUGACCAGGAAUGACUGCCACGUUCUGAUGAAUAGGUUCCAUUCCUUCUUUGACGUAAUUGAUAUUGACCCAUUUGGAAGCUGUGCAGAGUUUGUAAAUUCUGCAUUUAAGGCGAUUAGACAUAAUGGGCUAAUCUGCUUUACAUGCACUGACAAGGCUGCACUAUGCACAAAUGAGGCAAAAUGCUAUAUGAGGUACAGCACACUUAUUAAAAAAAUAUUCUGUAAAAACGAAACCCCCAUCCGUGCUCUUUUGAGCUAUAUUUCAAGAGAGUUCUCAAAAUAUGAUGCAAGAAUUUUGCCGGUAUUGAGCCUGAGUGUGGAUUUCUAUGUAAGAGUGAUAGUAAGGGUUUAUAAAGGCCAGGGAAAGUCUGUUUUAAAGGAUAAUUCGCAUUUCUACAUUUGCGAGUGUAUGAAUAUCUUGGAGCUGCCUCCUGGAGGUACCAAUACUAACUGCUGUGCACAUUGUGGCAAAAAAAUGAAAUUGUACGGCCCUUUUUGGAACAAAGAGCUGCACGACAGUCAAAUUAUAGACAACAUUAUUUCCUCAGUUAGCGAAGCAAGCAAUGAAAGGAUGAUUGGAAUACUAAAGUUGAUGAGACAGGAGUUGCCGACAAUGUUUUACUAUGAAGUUCCAAAGCUAGCAUCUUUUUUGAAAAUCAACUGUUGUAAACUUAGCGAUGUGAUGACAGGAUUAGCAAAUGCUGGCCAUCUGGUGUCCCUCACACACUGCGACAACAACGCGUUUAAAACCAACGCACCUAUUGAUGUUAUUAAGUCUUUAAUGGUAGAACUUAACUCAAAGGCCUUGGUUAGCUUUUCAUUGUCUAAAAACAUAUCUGUUGACAAUAUUUUUGCACAAAAUUUCUACAAAGGCAAAAUAAAGUCAGGUCUAAAGCCACUGUCUUUGCCAAAAAAAUAA